GACAGCUGUCGUUUGUGUCAAAGGUUUUGGAAGUAGAUGUUGUGCUUUUCCAUGAGCUAAUAUUUUGUUCCAAUGCAAAGGUAAACUGGAUUAGCCAUAUCUUUUCAAACGCAGUACCGCAGUGUAUGUUCUGCCAACAGUUAGUUCAACGCUGCUCGUCAUCACAUCACAAUAAUUCUCACUUAAAUUCGCAUUAACUUCGCGUCAAACGGUGGAGAUAUGUUUCUUGUCGCCCUAACCGGUGGUAUCGCUUCAGGAAAGAGCACCGUAACGAAGAUAUUCCGGGACAACGGUGUUCCGGUCAUCGAUGCCGAUGCCAUCGCACGCCAAGUCGUUGAGCCGGGGCGACCAGCAUGGCAUAAAAUUAAGGCCACGUUUGGUGAGGAAAUCUUUCACGCUGGGAGCGGUGAGCUGAACCGGGAGGCACUGGGACGCAUUAUAUUCGAUGACGUAGAAAAACGUAGAUUACUGAACGAAAUCACGCAUCCCGAAAUUCAUCGCACGAUCUACAAGGAGGUGAUCAAGUGUUUCUUUCUAGGACACAGUUUUGUUGUACUGGAUCUUCCGCUAUUGUUCGAAAUACGCGUAAUGCUUAACUACAUACAUAAAAUCAUUACCGUCACUUGCGAGGAAGAUAUUCAAGUUACUCGUCUGAUGGAUCGUAGCCAAUAUACUGAGGCAGAGGCGAAAAAGCGAAUCAAAGCACAGAUGCCCUUAGAGUUAAAGUGCGAACAAUCACAUUUUGUCAUUGAAAACUCAGGAACCCUGAGAGACACAGAAGAGCAAACGCUCAAAAUCCUUGCCAUUCUGCAAGACAGUAAUCAGCACUGGAAAAUACGCGGCGUCUUGUUUGCUACGGCGGCCUUGCUUGUUUCCAGCAUUGCAUGGUUGCUGAAUUACAAGUAUAAAUGGUUCAGCUCAAACUAAUUGCCCAUUGAGUUGCGAUGUGAUCCAUUCACGAUUUCGUUCCUAAACUCACCUCUCUCCUAGUGGCAUUCUUAUCCAUUGAAUUGUGCCUACCAAUUUCGUUAUUGUUGUGUCCUUUUAGCUAUCGAUGCGUUUCUUUUUUUUAUCAGACAUCACUUUUCAGAGAUCCUUGGUGCGUGUAAAUAAUCUAUCACCUCAAGAUGUAUAGUAAUGCAACAAGUUCAAUGGCGUAAUAAUAGGCGCGUGUCUUCCCUAAGAAGAUAAAGACAAAUGGCAUUUGUUAAUCGAAUAGUGAAGAACUGAAAUCUAUUGUGUUCGUGUGCACGGGUACGUGGUGUGGUGUCUCUGCGUGUGUAAUGCUAGCUAAAUAAGCACGCUUUUCUUUUGUAUCGUAUUGACGAUGAUUGCAAAUAUAGAAAGGAUGAAUCUGCGGAAGAUGUGAUAA